AUGAUAACUGGGGUGUCUGUUCAGUUUACUGUCUCCGUCGGCAAGCGCAUCUGGGCGAAGCUGCUAAGGUCUCGCAGUUCUUCUUCUUCUUCUGCUGCUGCUGCUGCUCCUGCUGCUGCUGCUCCUGCUGCUGCUGCUGCGGGGGCUGAAGAUAUGCAGCUGCCUUGUGAAGCAUUAAACCCGCUUAGUAUUUGGGAGGUAGCAGAGAAGAUAGAGGUGCUUGUAAAGAGAAUACUUACAGCUUAUAGACAUCGAUGGAUGCAAGAAGAACUUGCAGAUCUGUUGCAAGCCCCUUUAUUACCUCCUCCUCCGAUUUUUAUAAAAUGUUUAGGGGUGGAAAGAAGUAAAGAGAGUGCUUCUUCUAUUGAAGUUAAAUUUGUACAGAGACCUGAUAAUAUAAUACUUCAGCCUGAAGACCUGGGGACGCCUAUCCUUCCCUAUGCAACACCCUUAGGGGCGGUGCUGCUCUCUAGAGUGCUCGGGAUGGUAGAUGAUGCAGAUCUUAUGGACUUCGCCGUCCUCGUGGGUAGAGGUGAAAGGGGGCUGCACCCCGCUGAUUUUCCUCCACAUCCUCGUGGUUCUGUAGCUCUUGUAAGAGAUGCAAGACUUACAGAAGGCCUCUUUCCUAUGACAACGCCUGUGUUGUUGGGGUUUGAACGCAUGCGGAGACACUCAGUAAUGUCUCCUUUGGGUAGAGCGCUGCAUCAGCAGAGCUGCUCAGUGGAGAUGUCUCGCGGGCUUCUUCUUAUGAGAGACAGGGUAGCAGCACAAGCAGGAGAUGCAGGAUUAUCAAGUGUUGAAGAGUCACUUAGAGGAGAAGAUGUCUCUUCAACUCUUGUUGAUAUUGCUGAGAAAAUAUGCAGUAUGCGAGAUAUCGUAGCUAAUGCAUGCAUUGCUUCACAACAAGAGUUAGAAGUAAUGGCUCAAACCGUAGGACAUCUUACAAGUACAGUUCUCUCUGGAAGCAGAUGCAUGCGGAUUGCUGCCUCGAGCAGCAGGAGCCGCAAAAGGAGCAGCAGCAGCAGCACCAGCAGGGACUUGGGCUUCGUCGUAACGUAUCUAUUAAAGUUGUGCAAGGAUUACGCGGCUUAUUGUGCUUCAGUGGUUGCUCUUAUUAGAGAUUUAAAAACUCUUGCAGACAAAUAUAAAACAGCAAAAAAAUCAAACAAAGGAGACACUGAGCGCUGUACUCUUCCUUCAGUUAACCUUACCCUUCUUAAUAACCCAAACCAAACCUGUAAAUAA